GCGCGCACGCCACGUGCGGUCAUUAAGGUUCAUUAUUCAUUAACUUCAUUAUCAUUAUUCAUUAAUUUCAUUAUAAUAUCAUAAUCCGUUAAUUCAAGACUUCAUACGCGAUGGCACUUUUCGUAGUAAUCGUCCUUUUGAGCGUCAGCCAAACGUUUGGCGCCAAUUUUUUUGAAGAUGUGGCCACACCGAAGCCCAAGAAGGUGCUCGACACCAUCAUGAACCCAGCCUACAUCCCGGGGGAAGAAAAACACGCGUCAUACUGGCGGAGCAGCGCCGCUGCCACCAUCCAAGACAAACUUAACCAAAAGAUCAAUACUAAUAGGGCCAAGAAUGGCAUAUUCUUCAUUGGAGACGGCAUGUCUCUGGCUACCAUCAUGGCCGCCAGGACGUUCGCGGGGCAGCUGGAGAGGGAGGUGGGGGAGGAUAAUACCCUGUCUUUCGAGAAGUUUCCUGUCAGCGGGCUGGCUCGGACGUACUGCCUCGACGCGCAAGUCCCGGACUCGGCGUGCACAGCCACCUCCUACCUCACCGGAGUGAAGACCAAGUACGGGACCAUCGGGCUGGACGGGAACGUGACUCGCGGCGCCUGCAGCUCGCAGCUGCACCAGGGCAACCUCGUGUCUUCGAUCGGACAGUGGGCCUUGGACGCGGGACUUGAUGCUGGUCUAGUGACAACCACGCGAGUGACGCACGCGUCCCCAGCCGGCAUGUACGCUCACUCCUCCGAGAGGAACUGGGAGGCGGACUCCGACGUGCCCCAGGAGUGCCUGGACCUCGGCUGCAAGGAUAUUGCGUACCAGCUUGUGAAGGAGAAGCCUGGGAACAUGUAUAAGGUGAUAAUGGGUGGUGGAAGACGCGAGUUCACUCCGAACAUCACCAACGCUCAGUUCAAGAGUGGGGGCAAGAGGCUAGACAACCUAGACCUGACUGAAGCCUGGCACGCUGACAAAAUGGAGAAGAACGCCACCCAUCAGUAUGUCACUGACAGGAAUGAGCUGAUGAAGGUGUUCAACGCGGAAGAGCUUCCGGAAUACCUGCUGGGUCUUUUCAACGAUGACCACAUGGCGUACCACCUGCAGGCCAGAGACCAGCCCACUCUGGAGGAGAUGGUGGAAGUUGCCAUCAAGAUGCUGAGCAGGAACCCUAAAGGAUACUUCUUGUUUGUUGAAGGUGGCCGCAUCGACCACGCGCACCACGACAGCCUGGCGCAUCUCGCUUUAGACGAAACAGUUGAAUACGCGAAAGCUGUCGAAAAAGCGAAGUGUUUGACCAGUCGGGAGGACACCCUCAUUGUCGUGAGCUCUGACCACGCCCACACCAUGACCGUAGCAGGAUAUCCCUCCAGAGGGAAUGAUAUCCUCGGAACUGUGGACACGGCUCUGGGAUCCGAUGACAUUCCGUACACGACCAUCAGUUACGCUAACGGAAAGGGGCAGUCGGUUGGAGCUGACGGCAAGAGAAUCGAUGUCACGAAGAGCCAAUCGUUUUUGACAAGAAGCCUAGACUACGAGUACCCAGGUAUGGUGCCCAUGGAUUCAGAGACGCAUGGUGGUGAAGAUGUGGCGGUCUACGCCCUAGGACCCUGGCAGCAUCUGUUCACAGCCAGCUAUGAACAGAAUGUGGUACCGCAUCUAAUAGCCUAUGCCAUGUGCAUAGGAAACGAGAAAGACGAGCACUGUAAACCGAAGAGUGGUGGAUUUUGGUCCCCGAACAGUUCUAGUAAUAAGGCCAGUAGUUUUAGUUUUAUUUGUGUGGCUGUGAUUGUUUCGUAUCUGAGACGCUUAUUAUAGUUUUAGUUUAGGUUACCUGUGUUAAAUUGUAAAUAUUAUUAAUAAAUAAAUCGAAUUGCAGGUAUUUUUCCGGCGGACUAAACUUUGUUGAAAAAUCUGAUGAUUAUUUGCUGGGCGUGUUGUCAUACAUAACUGUUGUGAUAGCGGGUGCCUUUCCACCAAGGAUGUGCUAAACUAAGGAACUUGUUUACAGUAUCUUAGGUAUGCUAUGCUGCUGCCAGUUCGGUGUUCACAUGUGCUAACCAAACUGGCAGUGUUAUGCACCCCGCGCUAUAUUCUGAUUAUACCUACCAAAUAGAAUAGCAAGACAAGCGAUAGAUCGAGUGCUCGGCCUAGGAUACUGUCUCAUCACUCAGUGUGUAGGUGUCAUCAGGGUAUAAAAUGUGGCACGCCGCAUCCACAACCCCCAGCAAGCACGCAUUAUCAAAAAUAAUAGCACAUUUUUUUAAUGAGUUAUCUCUUCCUAGAGAUUGUUUUUACCAGUGCACAAUCAUGAGUUCAUUAGUGGGAUAUUAUUAUUUGUAAAUCAAAUUUAUCAAUAGCAACCUUAGCACAACACACAUUUUUGGUGGAAAUGCACCCUAUCUGAUUAGUCGCACAUUUUCCAAGGUUUGUAAUUAUACCAUAAAAAUGUGAUUUGCAAAUUGUGAUAAGUACGUCUUAAUUUGUUUGUAAGUAUUACUAUUCCUAUUUAAAUUAAGUGAUAGAGUAAAUUAAAUCAAUCUUGAAUAGGUGCUGAUUUACCAAGUAUGCAUUUAUAUUAAAACUAUUUAUUAUUACUG